AUGGCUUUCAACAUUCAAGGUUUCGUGUUGCUGAUGGUCGCCGCGACCUUGGAAGCUAACGUAUUACUCUACCGGUCAGUCGACGAGAAGAACAGCACCCACGCCCUGAAAGCUGUGUCGAGAUCCAACAACAACUUCACUGUAGAUCUGCUCAAGGCCAUCGAGGGCGACAGGAACGAGAACCUGGUCGUCUCCCCGCUCAGCCUGCACGCGGCGCUGGGGUUCCUGGCGCAGGGCGCCCAGGGCUCCACCAAGCAGCAGAUCCUGAAGGCCGCCUACCUGCCCAGCGACGACAAUGCCACCAGGGAGGGCUUCAGGGCCAUGCUCCACCCUCUGCGAAACAACACCAACUACACCCUGCACCUGGCGAACGCAGCGUUCGUCGAGAAGUCGUUCCCGCUGAAGCAGUCCUUCCGGGAGGUGGCCCGCUUCAGCUUCAUGGCCGACGCCAAGACCGUGGACUUCGCGAACAACGCCAGCGGCGCCAUCGACGCCAUCAACCAGUGGGCGAAGAACAGCACCGCCGGCAAGAUCAGGAACUUCAUGUCCCAGAGCGACGCGGAUUCGUGGACCAAGUCCGUGCUGGCCGGCGCGGUGUACCUGAACGGCACGUGGGAGAAGGGCUUCGACGCCUCGCUGACGGAGAAGCGCCCCUUCCACGUGGACAGGGAGACGGUGGUGAGGACGGACGCCAUGACCACCAGGGCGAGGUUCAACUACACCUACAGCCCCGAGCUGGCUGCCCAGGUGUUGGCGCUCAACUACCAGGGAGGCGAAGUCAGGAUGAUAAUUGUUCUUCCUGAAGACAAAUAUGGCCUAGAGGCAUUGGAGUCCAAAUUCUACGGCCUGAAAAAUAUAAAGGAUAAAUUUAACCCUGAGGACGUCAUUGUUACCUUGCCCAAAUUUAAGAUUGAACAAGAACUGAACUACAACAGGAUUCUGCAGAAGCUGGGCAUCACGGAGGUAUUCUCUCCGGAGGCGAACCUGAGUGGCAUCUCUGACGUCAACAGACUGGCCAUCAGCAACGUGAAGCAGAAGGCGAUCAUAGAAGUCAGCGAGCACGGACCAGUUUCAACCCCUGCCACGGAAACGUACGGAGCCCAGCACUACGACUUCACGGCAGACCACGGCUUCCUGUACCUGGUAGAGCACGCGCCCACUAGCGCUGUGAUCCUGUGCGGCAGAUACACGAAGCCGUGAUCCGGCGCGUCGUCGGUCGGCCGGACGCCACGAACAAACUGAAAAGAACAAGAAGGAAAAAAAGAUGCUGAAAGGAGUGGAAAAAUUGGCAGCUCGAAAACUGAAGCAGCCAUGAAUAAACACAACUCGACAAAUAUUUAAUGUUUCAUGUUUUCAUGAAUAUUAUGUUACGAAAUCUGCGUGUAGUUAAUUGUUAGCAAUAAAAGUAAAAAAAAUCAUCA